CCGGCGCCGGCUCGGGAUCUCUGCGGGGACCUCCGACAGCUUACACGGCUGCGCCGUCUUUUCCUCUUCCCGCCUCGACGCGGACCAGGACGGGGUCAUCAGCCGGAGCGAGUUCCUCUUCGACAGGAUCGACCGCAAUCAUGACGGCGUGAUCUCUCGCUCUGAGUUCGACGCCGCGCUCGCCGCCCCGCAAAGCGCCAGCGCCCCCAAGGAGCCCGUGCGCAGCGGAUCCACCACCGCGGCGGCCGGCUCGGUCCCUUGGCCCUCGCGCGGGCUUUUGCAGCGGAGCGCGAACGACUUGGACAGCUCUGUCACGGGAUGGCAGAGCUUGGACGACAUAGAGGCCCUCGAGCAUUCCAAGACGGAGCACUACGUGGCCCAGGUGACCCUUAGCAGGGAACAGAUGGCCCUCUUCUCCCGCGAGCUGGAAAGGCUCCAGCACCAGGUGGCGCAGAUCCUAGGCGCGGGGGGGGCCGCGACAUCGCUGCGCGAGCUGGCGGAGACGGUUGGCUACCUGGAGCUGAGCUGCUCCCCAGAGCGCCUGGCGCGCCUGGAGAGGUCUGUGGGCGACCUCCAGGACAAGCACGGCAGGCUCGCGCAGGACAUGCGCGGCCAGCACGCCCCGCUGCCGGAGCGGGUGGCGGCGCUGGAGCAGCACUGCGGCCAGCUCCUGGACCAGCACUCGGAGGAGCUCGCGCGGCUGCGGGGCAUGCCAUGCCGGACCAGGGGAUGGUCACGCCCCAGGCGAGGGACCUCGGGGACCCGCUGGGCAGGCACGCCGACCUCCUGGCGGAGCUGCAGGGCGGCCGCGCCGCGCAGGAGCGGGCCCUGGCGGAGGCGAGGGCCGCGCAGGAGCGGGCCCAGGCAGAGGCGAUCGCUCAGGUGGCGGAGCGCCUGGAGAGGGAGACGCUCGACAGGCAGGAGGCGCUGGCGGACCUCGCGUCCAGCAGCCGGGCCGCGGUCCUGGAGGUCCGGGCCGAGCUGGGCACCGGGAUGCGAGGCCUGGCGGAACUGAGGCGGAGCCAGGGGGAGCUCCGCGAGGCCCUUGAGGAGCGCCAUGCUCCGCUGGUCGAAGGCCUCGCGCUCCUCGAGAAAGACUUCGCAGAACUGCGGCGGAGUCACCUGGAGUUCGGCGAGGCCCUGGAUGCGCGGCACGCUCUCUUGGUCGACCGCCUCGCGCCUCUCGAGAAGGACUCGUCAGAGACGCGGCGCAGCCACGGGGAGUUUCGCGAGGCCCUUCAGGCGGCCCAAGCGGCGCACGCUCUGUUGGUCGAUCGCCUUGCGUUCGUGGAGAAGGACUCGUCAGAGAUGCGGCGCAGCCACGGGGAGUUUCGCGAGGCUUUCGAUUCGCGGCAUGCUCCCUGGCUCGACCGCCUCGCGACCCUCGAGAAGGACUCGUCAGAGAUGCGGCGCAGCCACGGAGAGUUCUGCGAGGCCCUCGAGUCGGAGCAUGCUCUCUUGGUCGACCGUCUCGCGCUCGUGGAAAAGGACUCGUCGGAGUUGCGUCGCAGCCACGGGGAGUUCCGCGAGGCACUCGAUGCGGGGCAUGCCCUCUUGGUCGACCGCCUCGCGUUCCUCGAGAAGGAGAUCGGAGCCUCGGCCGAAGCGCACCUUUCCACCUGCGACAGGAGCUUCGAGGUGGUCCGCCAGUCGCUGGAUGAGCGCGUUGCGCGGCUGGAGCAGGAGACGCUGGCAGAGCCAGCCUCGGCGUGUCGUGGAGGUGCUGCGCCGGUGUUGGCAGAACCUCUCGCUGGAGCUGCUCCUGCGGUGUCGCUGGCAGCGCGCGUCGCCAGCGUCGAGCGGGGCUUGGGAGAGUCGGCCGCGAGGCACGCGCGGUACGCCGAGGAGCAGAGCAAGGCCAUGUACGAGUACCACGGCCAUCACGUGGCCAUCGAGGAGCGCGUCAGGUGCGUGGAGCAGGCCUGCGGCGACGCGGCCAGCACGUGGCAGAACCACGCCCUGGACCUCCGCAGGCUCUGGGAGCACGUCAGCUCGGCCCAGGCGCAGCGCCACGAGUCCGGGACGGCCGCCGUGAAGGCCCGGCUGGACGCGCUCGAGAAGCUGCACGAGCAGGACACGCGGUCGAUGGACCUCCUGGUGGACUGCCUGCAGAAGGAGCUGCGGAACAAGUCCGAGCUCCUGGACAGGAUCCGCAGGUCCAACGAGCUGUCCUUGAUGAAGGCCGUGCAGCGGGUGAACAGCUUCGGUUGCGCCAUCGACUGCUCACCGCCGCCCACCGCGAGGCCCCACCCUCACACCGGUCCGUCGCCCGAGCUCGCCCGCCAGGCCAAGUAGCCGCGUCGCGCGGUGCCGAGGUGCAGCGGGUGCCAUAUCAUACCCUGCCUCGGCAGCUUUCGUUCCAUUUUUACACCUGGCUCGGUCGAACGCCCAGCCUGUAGGAGUCGACUUUUGAUUUAUGUGGAGCGUCGCAUUCGUUUUGCAGGCCCCUCGAAGUGGCCCUGGCCCAGAGCCCUGGAGCCCUCGACGUGGGAUCUCCCCCCCCCUCCCUCCCACCCCCCUCAACCCAUUUUUCAGCUGGC